UAUGCAUGACGCCACCCACCAAAAAGGCCCCCACAACGCCGCCUGUCGUGAUGUUCAGUACGUUAUGGGAGAAAAAAAACAAAUAUCACGCCCCACUACAGGGGUCUAAUACUGUCAUUCUUUUACCUUUAUUCACUCUUGAAAGGUUAAGGGACUCAAUUUGUAACUUCUUAAAACCAAAACUCAUCUACCACCUUGGAUUUAUACGAACCAUACAAAAGUCCCAAAAUCGGGAAUUAGGGUUUCAAAAUUCAAACACACCAAUCAAAUUACAACGAAAACUCUCAACAAACAUGAUCGAGGUGGUGUUGAACGAUCGAUUGGGGAAGAAGGUCCGCGUAAAGUGCAACGAUGACGACACAAUCGGCGAUUUAAAAAAGCUCGUUGCAGCUCAAACCGGAACCCGCGCAGAUAAGAUCCGGAUCCAGAAGUGGUACAACAUCUACAAGGAUCAUAUCACUCUUAAGGAUUACGAGAUUCAUGACGGUAUGGGCCUUGAACUUUACUACAAUUGAGAUUGCAGGUUUCGUGUUGUUUACGUAAGCCAAUGGUUGACCGCUGACCGUUGACGAAUAGUUGUAACUUGAAAGUUGAAUGAAUCCGGUGGUGUAUGAAUAAGUUUUGUAUUUUGAAUUGGUGAAUUUGUAUGAUAGUAAGGAUGAAAGUGUGUAUGUGAUUUGAAUUUGGUUGCUGAAUUUUAACGCUUUGUGUGAAAUUGUGAAAAUAUGUAUGGCUGUGGAUGUUUGAUGAUGAAAUUUGUUGCUUGUU